AUGUUGGUACCUCCUGAUAGUUUUGGUCUCGUGGAAGAAGGAGUUUAUCGUUGUGCCAAGUUGGAUGCCAUUAAUUUCUCGUUUCUUGAAACGCUGAACCUGACUUCGUUGAUAUUGCUUGAUCCCGAAAAGCCUGCAAGGCCGUUUCGUAUUUUUCUAGAGGACAGAGGCAUAGUGCUGCACCAUCUGGGGGGUCUCGAAUCCAGCUUGAAUGAUGACUCCAGCUCCAAGAUGGAAGACUGGAUGCUUCUGAAGCCCCAGAUAGUUGGAAGGAUCUUUGAGAUCAUAUUCGAGAAGAAAAACCACAAUGUUCUGUUGAUAGACAAGUCGGAGACCGUGAUCGGGGUGUUGAGGCAGAUUCAGAAAUGGACGUUUACAAGCAUAAUAAACGAGUACCGGCUUUACUCAGGAAAUAAGUCCAACUAUUUUUCGGAGAAUUUCCUGGAACUAGUAUCGGUGGAGCUGAUACCGCACGAUUAUGACUCCUCCGUUCAGUCUGACGCCAAGACCACGACUCCAGAGGGCGACGAUAUAGAGAGAAUGAAAGACCAUUCCAUUCCCAUAAAAGCCGUUCACAGAAACAGCUUUCAGUCCAAAAGACCCGAUUUUAAUAUGGAGGCCUUGAGGAGCUCUUUGCCGAACAAGGAUGAGGGUCUGGAAGAGAGCACCGCUAUCAAGGACGACGAGAUGUCGCUGUCUGUCUCUCCGCAAAUACCGAAGAAUUUGCUAAAGUUUGCCGAAAUGAGAAAGCAAAAGAAGAUGCAACAUCAAGGGGGAUCCGAAGAGAAUGAGAUUUCAAUCUCUAAUUUUGUUCGGUACUACCAACCCUCCAAUAAUUGGUUCCACACCCGGUCCAAACCAAUCAAAGUUAGACUACCGCCAGAAGAUGAACUGCCAAAUUGGUUCUUGAGACAGAGAGAUGGAUGGGAGGCCGAUUUCAGCAGAUUAAAUUGUUGA